AUGAAGCAGAACAACGAGAACAAUUAUGUGAGAGUCUCAUAUAAUAACUUUAUGACUACACGCAAUAGAUAAUUUGGAAAUGAACUCACUAACAUUUAACGAUUACCAACUCGUUCUGCUUCUUAAUUUAUAUGUUCAAAGCCCAUAAUCAAAAUAGAAGAGGAAAUAAUACCUCCAGAAUUGGUAAACCCAUAUAUUGGUGAUAUAUUUGAAUACCUAUAAGUCCAUUAACAUAACUUUAUGUGCUAGACUCCAUUUUAUAUGAAUUUAUAAUUGGAUAUCACAAAUCAAAUGCGUUCAAUUUUAAUAGAUUGGCUAGUUGAUGUACAUCUCAAAUUUAAGUUAUAAUCUGAAACACUCUAUUUAACCAUUAAUCUUAUAGAUCGUUAUUUAUCAAAAAAUACAAUUAUGAGAAAUAAACUACAAUUGGUUGGAAUUGCAUCUUUAUUCAUAUCAUCUAAAUUUGAAGAGAUCUAUGCACCUGAAUUGAAGGAUUUUGUACAUGUUUGUGACAAUGCUUACACUAAAGAAGAAAUCUUAGGUAUUUCUAAAUUCAUAUUUAUAUAUAGACAUGGAAAGUAAAAUCCUAUUGACAAUCUAAUUCAAUUUAACAUACACUUCACCACUAAAAUUCUUAGAACGAUAAAUACAAGCAGCUAACCUAUGUGAUAAAAUUAAUUAUGCAUCUCGCAUGAUUCUAGAAUUGUCCUUAUUAGAUAUUAAAUGUUUAAAGUAACAAUAUUAUCAUAAUUUUUUAUUAGAUUUUCUUCAUCAUUAUUAGCCACCACAUCCAUACUUCUAGCCAUCAAUAUGCUAAGAUCUCCAUAAGUUUUACCCUCAUCUUUGCAUUAUAUUGAAGACUAAGAGGAAUUAAGACAAUGUUUAUCUGAAUUCCUACCUGUCAUAUCACUUUUAAAAAGUUUCAACAUGACUGCAAUUAGAAGAAAGUAUCAACUUGAAAAGUUCAAUAAAAUUGCAGAUGUAAUCAUAUCUAUCCUACCUAAUUAAUAAUGA